AUGGGCGUCUACAGAAUAGGUGCAUACAUGAUUCUCCAGAUGUUCGAUGUAAGCGUGUAUGUGCCACUUUAUGCCAUCUAUGGAGGAUCUCAUCUGGGUGAGAAGCUUAUCUUGAAAGAUGUUAAGAUUGAGGCUAGAAAUAAUCCAGAGCUGUUUGGGCACUUUGCAAGGAACAAUGAGGAGGAAAAGGAUUAUUACGUGGAUAGCCUAGAGAUAUACAAGAUUGAGGAUAAGGAAGUGGUGAGGGGGCUGAGCAGUAGGGUGCCUAAGAGCACCAAUCUUGGAACGAUGGCAUUUGACUUUUCCAUGCUUAAGGCGAUUCUAAGCCAGGAGAACCAAAAAAGCACAGGGCACUCUCCAGAGAUAAAGAUAAAGAGCAUCGAGAUCAAGAUACCUCUUGCGGUUCAGAUCUUCCUUCAUAUACCGAUUCUGCUGGUGGCUGUGAUAGUGUUCUAUUUAUUUUUAUCAUUUGGGAUUGAGGAGGAAGGAGGAUUAUCUGACAAGGAGAUAGAAAGAAUACCGCUAUGUCCAUAUUCCAGCCAGGAAUUCAUCAGCAAAGGCUGCAUUAUCUGCUUAGAAGAUUUUGAGGAUGGGGGAUGUGUGCGAAAUCUUGGAUGUGGCCAUGUGUUCCAUAGGGAAUGCGUUGACAAAUGGCUUCGCAAGAACUUUGUGUGCCCUGUCUGCAGAAGUAGGAUGAGUGCGGGGCAUGAUAAGCAAAGAUGCGAGCGAAGGAGAGUCCAUGUCCUGUAG